UAUGGGGAACAUCGGUUCAAUCGUUUCGACUUGGAGAUUCGGGAGUCUAGAGGUAUUUAAUGGACGCUGUAAAUUGCUUUCACUCCUCACAAUUCACAUCUUGACGAUCUACCACUACUUCUACUUUUUAUUCUUCAUAUUACCUUCUCUUUUAUUAUAAUGCGCACUUCGCAGAUCCUUUCUCUUGCCGUCGUUGCUCUUCCCAUCCUUAGUGGCUUCCAAACCGCUCCUUCGAUGGCCCUCGCUGCUCCCAUAGAGAUCAUCGAAGUCGUACAUCACCACCAUCACCACGAUGACCAAGGGAGCAAGGACAUUUCACAGUUCUUGGAUGAGGAUGUUUACGUUCAGGAGCGACCCCAUCGCCUCACACAAUUCUUGGAUGAAGAGGCGUAUGCCGCCCAACUUCAUGACCACCAUCAUGCACACGACAUAACUGAGUUUACGGACGAGGAGGUGUAUGCCGCCCAACCUCAUGACCACAAUCACGUACACGCCAUAACUCAAUUUACGGACGAGGAAGUUUAUGUUCAGGAGCAGCCCCACCGCCUCACUCAAUUUUUGGAUGAAGAGGUGUAUAUCGCGCAGCCUCAUGACCCCAAUACUGCACACGCCAUAACUCAGUUUACGGACGAGGAGGUUUACGUCCAGGAGCAGCCCCACCGCCUCACUCAAUUUUUGGAUGAAGAGGCGUAUAUCGCCCAACCUCAUGACCACCAUCACGCACACGACAUAACUGAGUUUACGAACGAGGAGGUGUAUGCCGCCCAACCUCAUGACCACAAUCACGCACACGACGUAACUCAGUUUACGAACGAGGAGGUGUAUACCGAGAGCCACCAUCACGCCAAGCACGGUCAUAAGAGCAAUCUUAUUACUCAGUUCUUGGACGAGGAUGCGUACGUUGCCUCGGCAAGCCACCACGCUGAGCAUGAACGCGACAGCUCGGACCUCGUCACCGAAUUUUUGGAUGAGGAGGCCUAUGUUGAGAGCCACGCCGAUGACCUUUCCCAAUUCCUGGAUGAGGAUGUGUACCUCAAACAUAACUGAUUAUUUAAUCUCAUGAUAUCAAUGCGCGGUCUAUUUAUCUUAUUUUAUUAGUAAACUACCCGAGCGCCAUAUGCUCAGUCCCAUCCUUCAAUUAAUUUAACAAAGCAAUGCCGCACUCUUUAUAAUACCGUCCUUAUUAUAACUAUCGUAUGCAGCACUAAUACGUAUCACUUAAUUUUAACUAGUAGCUUAGCCUUAUCUCAUGAAUACAACAGUUGUGACAUAUAUACCUGGCGGGCAAUACGCGACUGAUUGGAUCAGAGAUCAAAUACUAACACCGACGCCCACCAUGAAGAUUAGGAAUCCGACUCGGAGCUGGUAUCCGUGACUCG